AUGUUAGGACUUUUAGCUGUGUCUCUGUUGGGCGUGGCCACGUUUGACCUAUCGGAGUCGAGCGUCAAGCAACCAAUAAACGAGCCGGAAGUGGUUGUACAACUGAAGUACGACGGGGGAGAAUUGGACCGGAUAUACUUGACGCAGUUUCGCAAGGAUCAGAGAAUCCCGGCAGUUCCCGCGAGACCGACCGUGUGUGCGGAUCUGUGCCAUUCAGGACUCGGCGGCGAAGCAUGCGGAUCUGCCUGCAGCGAGCUGAUGCCGGUGGGGCUCAAGUAUGCCUUGAAGAGUGGAAACGUUAGCAGUGAGCAGUUCGGGGAACCCAGAGUUGCCGUUUGCCCUGUCCUUUGUGAGAAUCAGCUCGGGGAGCCACUUUGCGCGUGUUCGGACCUAAUGAAGCACCUAACAAACUGGACCAUGGUCUGCCAUGCAUUCUGUGACACCGACGCCUACACUCUUAAUGGGUGUCCGGCAUGUGAAAACACUUCAGCACUGCCACAGCCACUUCAAGUAAACACCGCUCUACAUGUGCGCUUGGACACUAGUGAAGGCUGGCAGGCCUGGUGCAACGUGCAAUGCCGUCAGGGACAGGGUGGCGCUGCUUGUAACUGCGACAGGACGCCGUUUUAA